GCGAGAGAGAGAGAGAGAGAGAGAGAGGAGUCAGAAGCAGCUCACGGUGCCGAGAUGCUGUUGCAGCUGAGAAGAGGGACUGCACGGCUGGAGUUGACAUUGACAGCACAGAUGGAGCGUCACAGUGGAAUACAAAUGAGUGGGUUGUCAGAUUGUCAUCGCCACAGAGACGGAAACAUUUGAUAAGGGACUCUUGGAUGAGAGGAGAUGUACGCCUUCUACUCUCUCCUAGUCUACAUCUUCUACACUGUCUUCAAAAAGGAGGAGGAGGAAGCCUUGGAGGGGGCGUGCGGAGCUUCCUCAGACGCCCAGGAGCCUGGCCAUGUUUCCAUGGAAACAAGGAGCAGGAGGAGAGAUGGCCACACCCCCAAAAUGGGAAGAAAAGCUUGUGCUCGCCUUAGUGACUCAAGCAGCAGCAGUGAAAGUGACGAAGUGAGUGAGAACGAUGAGGAAGAACCUCCCGACAUCCCGGCAUGCACUCCUCUGGCAGCCUUCCUGUCCUUCAAGCAGGAGGCUGAAAAGAGGAGAGCCUCUCAGGUCCAGCUGGAAACAACAGCAAAGCUGGCAGAGUCUCCCCUGGUGGCGGUGAUGUCCCACCUGCUGAGUUUCUUGGAGCAGUACUCCCACUUCCAACAACUCCAGCAGCAAGCUGACCAGUACCGGGUGCAGCUGAAGAGGCACCGCGUCCAGCACCGCCGCCAGAUGAAGGCCCUGCGCGCCUCCUACCGCCAGCGCCUGCGGGACAAGAACAGCAUCAUCAGCAGCCUGGAGGAGGCCAUCAGUCAGCAGCAGACCCCCAGCCCUCUGAGCGAAGGUGAGUAUGGCAGUGACGCAGAGACCCACGCUGGAGUUCACAGGCUGGUGGAGUCUUUGUAUGGCCUGCAGGGUGAGAGGAGCAAACUGAGAGGAGAACUCCGUCUGCUGCACUCGCAGCUGGAGCAGAAAGAAAAAGACAGACACUCACGUAUUGAAGCCUUCCAGCAGCAGAUCGAUGAACUGAAAAGCUGCAUCGAGGAGCGCGAGGAGGAGCUGUCCAGGCUGAGAACGGCCACCGGGGCCACAGACUCGGAGAAGCGUGUGCUGUGUCUGUCAGCAGAGAACGAGAGUCUGAAACAGAGUCUGAGCAUGACGCAAGGCCUCCUGCAGCAGCUGUCAACCAUCCCCUCCCAGUCCAGCACCAUGCUCAUCAAGGAGAACGAGAACCUCCGCAGCAGGGUGCAGCAGCUGGAGACGUCCCUGCAGCAGCGCGCUGAGCAGCUGUCACACCUGGAGCGGCAGAGCGAGCACAGCGAGUGGCGGCGAGGAGAGGAGCUGAGGAAGCGAGAGGACAGAGUGAGGGAGCUGCAGCUGGAGCUGGACAAAGAGCGAGCGAAGGAGCCGGUGGUGAAGUAUGUCACACAGACUGUGGAGGUGGAAUCGCCGCUGACAGUAAAGCAGCUCAACAAAGCCAAACAGAGAAACGAGCUGCUGUCCCAGAAGCUGUCCGGUCAGAAUGAGCGCUGCAAACAGCUGGAGGAACACAUCAGAAAGUCCGACGAGUACAGCUGUAAUCUGCAACACAAGAUCGCGGCAUAUGAGCGAGAGAUCAGCAAGCUGAGAGAGGAGCUGCUGAAGGAGAUCGGCCACCUGGAGGAGAGGAAGGAAGAGGCCGUGAAGGCGGCUGCCAGCUGUUCCGCAGAGCACUUCCAGAACCUGCAGGAACAGUUCUUCAGCCUGCAGAAACGCCUCACUGCACUGCCGCCAACUUUACGCUGCAUGAAGACAGACUACGCCAGUCUCAGGAGUCAGGUCCGAAACUUCUCCGAUUUCUAUGGAGCGGCGAUCAACGAUGCCAAAAAGCAGAUUUCAGCGGCUAUCAGUGAGAUGUCUGAAGCCAACAAAGACCUUCUGGAGAAGUACAGGAAGGAGGUGGCGCUGCGCAGGAAGUACCACGAGCAGCUGGUGGAGCUUAAAGGAAACAUACGCGUGCUGUGUCGAGUGAAGCCCGUGCUGAAGGAAGACCAGCACGAGGAGGGUCAGUCCGUGGUGGUGACCACAGACCCCCACAACGAGUCCUCGCUCUCAGUGCUCAGCAAGGGGAAGGGGCGCGUCUUCGAGAUGGACAAAGUGUUCCAGCCUCAGGCCACCCAGGAGGAGGUCUUUCAGGAGAUCGAACCUCUCGUCACGUCCUGCAUCGACGGCUACCACGUCUGCAUAUUUGCUUACGGGCAGACCGGUUCCGGAAAAACAUACACCAUGGAGGGUAGUCUGGAAAACCCCGGAAUCAACCAGCGAGCCCUGAAAUAUCUCUUUGGUGAGAUUGAGGAGAGGAAGGACAUGUGGUCCUACACCGUCUCAGUCAGCUCUGUGGAGAUCUACAACGAGGUGUUAAGAGACCUGUUGAGUAAGGACGGAGAGAAACUGGACAUAAAAAUCAAUCCAGACGGGACGGGGCAGCUGCAUGUGCCGGGUCUCAGGGUCAUCGAGGUCAAGAGCUUUCAGCACAUGAAGAAGAUUUUAGCCACAGCCCGAAGAAACAGGAUCACUUUCGGCACUCAGAUGAACCAGCACAGCUCCCGCUCCCACGCUCUGCUGUGUGUCACCGUUGAGGGCACCGACCUCGCCUCGGGGUCCAAAACCACCGGCAAGCUGAACCUGGUGGACCUGGCCGGCUCGGAGAGGGUGUGGAAGUCAGGCGCCGAGGGAGAAAGACUUAAAGAGGCCCAGAAUAUCAACCGCUCCUUGCUGGCGCUCGGAGACGUCAUUCAGGCGCUUCGGGCUCGACAGACUCACAUCCCCUUCAGGAACUCCCGCCUUACGUACUUACUGCAAGACUCCCUGGGGAAAGGCAGCAAGACUGUCAUGGUGGUGCAGAUCUCUGCUCUGGAGAGUAACGUGGGAGAGACGCUGUGCUCCCUGAAGUUCGCUCAGAGGGUCUGCAAAGUGGAGCUGGGUCCCGCAGCCCGGAAGAUCGAAUCCGGAGGACAGUGUGACUGA